CCACAGAAUUGAAAAGAGCGGAGGGAGGGAGGGAUAGUAUAGGAAUCACUGCAGAGCAGGGGGAGGGAGCAGAGGAAGGAAUCCCCAGAAUAACAGAGAGAGGGAACAAUACAAGGAACCAGGAGGAUUACAGCGGGAGAGGAAAAAAGAUAGCAGAAGUGAGGCAGAUAGAAGAGGGUACUGAGGGGGGAAAGGGGAGAAAAAAUACAAUAUAGAUUUAGUCUGAGGAGAGGGGAAGACACAGGUAAGGUUAGCAAGGAAAGGUGAAAAGGCAAAAGAGUGCAGAGGGCAUUGUCUGUGGCAACCUGUACUAUGAGUUGCCAGAAGUAUCCUGGGGUGUCAAGGGGAGAUGUAGGGAUGAGGGAUCCCCCUGGUCUGGAGCAGCGUAUAAAAGGGACAGCUAUUCUGCACCAGCAGAGACGUUUGAAACAAGCCACGCAGUUUGUGCACAAGGACUCUGCAGAUCUGUUGCCUCUGGAUCAGCUCCGGAGAUUGGGAACAACCAGUAAAGACCUGCAACCACACAGUGUAAUACAGAGACGAAUCCUUGGAAGCAGUGUUGACAAGGAGCCCAACAGCUUGGCACAACCUUCUGACCUGGAAGAUGAGGGUAAGCAACUACAACACCAAACAAACAAGGAGAUAGUGUAUCCCCACCUGUGUGAUAACAGAUCGGAUCCACCUCACCUAUGUGAUGAGGGAUCACAAAUCAUCUGCUUGAAUGACGAGAGACCAAAACCACCACAUCCAUGUGAAGAGACUUUGGGUGGAUGGAAGGAAAACAUACUGCUUAUCCCAUGUAAGGUCUGCACUCAAGAUGUCAGAGCCAAGCUUUCCAUUGAACAUCAGCAGAACUUUAUAUCACGCAGUUUUGCAGAGAGAUUGGGGUUUGGGAUCUCCCUUGAGAAAGGAAACCCUGAAGAGCUGAAUGUGGAUAUUGAGCUUGGAACUGAAAGACUGAAAGGCAAAGCAGUGCUUAUGGAUAAUGGUGUCACAGAAUUCAUUCUGGGCCUAAGUGCACUGGUUACCCUUAAGAGUUGCAUUGACUUGGAUAAGGGGGUCCUGAAAACUCCAUCCCAGGAAAUCUCUUUCUUAAGUCCCCUGAAGAGAGAAUGCAUCAGCGCAAGAACAUAGCUGUGACUGACCAACCUCUUAAUGGAGAUUAGAAGAAACAUUACUUCACUUCUAUAGAUAACAAAGUACAAAUGACAAAUACAAAGCACACUUUAUAUGCCCACUUCAUAAAGACUGUCAGAAAUGCAAAUAAAACAUUACUAGGACUAUUCUAUGUUUCUAUUAGCCAUCUUUCUAUUCUGUUGGAGGCUAGUAGGCCCUGGAGUAAUCUGGUAAAGCAUUGUUGUUUCAAGAAUUCCAAUAGAGGUGGUUAAGGGCAUAAACUAAUGCAUAUGGCUAUACUGAGAAUUUAAUAAGCUUGCACUUCAGGAGAGAACAUUGGCAGACCUGAUGGUCUUCUUGUAUUUAUCUGCCAUCAAAACUUACAUUCCUAGAGGAAGGUAUAGGCAAGCUGAACUUACUUCUUCUUGAGGUCUCUGAGUGGAUUAAGAAUCCUCCAUAUACACUUGUUACAACACUGCAUGUCCUCAUCAUUGUCUUCGGUUUUCUGUGCUUGUUAAUAUAGAUAAGAAGGAUAUGGGGAAGAUGCACCUGAUGAAUAAUAAUGAAACCAAUAAAGGAAUUGUGCUGCUAAGA